AUGGAGGCGACGACGGCGUUCGGCACAUUGGAUGGGGUGGUGGGGGAGAUCACGCGGUUGCACCGCUCGCAGAUGGUGCGUCUGACGCUGGAGGAUGUGGAGGCGGCGGAGGCGCUCGCGUACGCCGCCAACCGGGAGGAGCGGGCACGCCUCGACGUCGCCGAGGCGUUGCGGAGGUCGCCGCUCGUGCCCGAGGAGCUCGUCUACGUCGCCCAGGAGAUGCACCGCACGCUCGCCGGCUUCCAGUGCCUGGAGCAGCGCGACGCCACGCGGAUCCUUGAGCUCGACGCGCUACACGCCCUCUUCGACGACCUCAUCCAGCGAGCGUCCCAGUGCGUGCCGUCCACCUCCACCGGCGCCGAGCCGCGCAUCACCUCCACCGCCGCAGCCGGUGCUGCCUCCUCCUCGUCGGCCUCAUCAGCGAGGGUGUUGCCUGCUACGGGCCGCUCCCCAACGUCUUUAGUGCGGAGAGGACUAUGGGCAGGAGCACGGGGAGUGUCUCCAUGA